AACAGACUUGAUAUAAUUUUUCAAGCUACAUGUUUUUAGAUUUUGCAUCACGUAUCCUAACUUUCGAAGUCAACGGCGAUUACGUUAGCAUUCUGUGUUGGCACUGGAUUGUUGACAGCACCAACAUAACACACAUGGUUGUCAAAACUGAUGCCACUUUCAAGCCAAGAGUUUCGUUUUAAGAUUGAACAAUCAUCUUAAAAAUUCAAUGCCAUAUGAUUUAAAGAACUAAUCCCAUAUACCGAUCAUGGGCCGUUUCGAUUGAAAAGAAAUACUAUUUUCUUGGGCGUUGGCAGUGGUUUCCUUUGGCUUUAACUGUCAACUAACCUACGUCUGCUAUUUCUGCUUUGUUUUCAUUUCGUAAUAUGUAGCAGAAUAUGCUUUCCAUGCAGAAUAUUUUGCCACAUACUUAGUUUUGACUGAUUGAAAACCAUUCAAUGACCUUCUAAAAUGCUCAACAGACUAUCGUCAGUCCUCCAAAGUGCGGCGGAUGCACUUGCUCCACCACCUCCUCCAUUGGAGGACUUGAAGUAUCACUGGAAAAUGGUUAUGCGGUUUUAUGCUCAACGCACUAUUCAAAGCAAAUGCCCCAUUGAAGAGACGAACAUUCCAUCUCAUCUAGAACAGUUACUCAGGAUUUUGAUUGCUGAAGAUGCCUUGACGAAAAGCAUCAACUCUGAGGGGCCAUGCUCUGCUGCUGGGCCCUGCCUGGAGUUCUUAUUGCAGCAUCGCCUCCUUGAGCUUCUUGUGUCUCUUGCCCGAGCAGACUCCCCUCCUGGCAUGAGGAGAUAUUUGCUGGGCUACUUGCGCAGACUUGUUGGAGCCAUUUCCCCUCAUCUUUUAACUCUAGCUAGCAUCCAUCUCCCACUUCUACGCAUUGUCAUUUUGUGCAGUCAAUCAAAGGCAUCUCCAACAGAAGCAGAAGAAAUCGAAUUUUUAUUGGCUCUUUGUCAGAUAAUCCAUAGACAUCCAUACCUCUCAAUAAUAUUUAACAAAGAGACAAAACCUACUAAAAAGUCUGGAUCAAGCAGCUCUGUAAGCAGCAACAACCUAACCCAAGUAGAGUCAAAUUCAGUGACUGGAGUAACAACUCAGCAGGAGUCUGCUAUUGACAGUGGCCAGGAUUUAAGUGAUAAGGAUGAUAAGGUUGAUCAUUCUUUGGCUGAACUAAAUGGAAAGGUUGCCUCUGUCUCUAUGACAAAAAGUGAAAAUGUGGCUGAUAAAAAACAGGUGGAUAGUGGUGACUCACAUUCAGAAAUUAAAAAAGACAGCAGUGUUCCAGAGGAAGGAGGUAGCAUAUUAGAUAGUAGUAAAAGUUUUAAUAAUAAAAAAUUAAACGAUUGUUUGAAUUUAAAUGAUAUUAGAAGUGUGGAUCAAAAGUUGUCAGAAGAAAGUGGAGAGAGUGCCUCUACAAAACCUCUGAGGACAGAUAAGGAGAGCUCUGAAAAAAGUGAAAAAGAAGCUGGCCAGGUAGAUGAUGUGUUCAGUCGAACCACAUCAGGGUCUUGCACCCCCGAACCUUUCCUCCUUGAAGAUUGCCCAGAACCAGAAUUAGAGGGAAGGCUACCUCUACUUGAUGCAGUGUUGGGUUACAUAAACAGUGCAGACAGUGUCACAAAGCUUCAUGUUUGUGAAGCCUUGCUAAUGCUUGUAUCAGUGGCUGAUGAAGUAUUUGCCAGUAGCAUUGUCCGUACUUCCAACCUUGGACUUGCUAUGGCUGAGAAGUUGAUUUCUUCUUUCCAAGAGAUCCCAACUGAUAUCGACCCAGACAACCUGGAAGAUAUCCCACAAAACUGGGGACCAAAAAGCUCUCAACUUUGGCUAGAGCAGCAUGUAUUCCCUGGCAGCAGGUUGAUAGCCUCUUUUGUGUCAUGGCUGAAUUUCUGUGACCAGCUGGCUGUGGAGAGUCCAAUGGAGGUCUCUGAAUCAGUGGUUGGAGCAGUCAGAGCUCUUUUCUUUGAAAUAGAAUUGGAGUCAGAACUGCGAACUGGAGAUGCUGCAAGGCAGCAAUUGAUUUCCAAUGUUAUUUGUUUGAGUCUACGGCAUAUCACAUCAAACGUUUUUCUGUCAGAACUGAAUAUCUGGUUGAUGGGGGAAGUACCUGAGGAUACUGCUCAAAUAGAUGAGAAUUCUCUGAAACAACUUUUGUUGAACAAUUGCCUUAACCCAAAUAGCAGUCUUGGCCUCAUUUCCAUGCGACUUUUUGAGCUUUUACUUGAAAACUGUGAUGAACAUGUCUUAGAUUGCUUGGCCUUGACAUACCUCAAAGGUCGAAAAUAUUAUGAUGCUUCAUCACUGCAAGAUAAAUCGUACAUGGAAUCCUGGAGUGAUGAAGAAGAUGCCCGAGAGCGGGAUGUUGUCAAAAAUAAUCAGAGUCAGGAAUCUGGUGGUGUGUCCAGCCGAACUUUUGCUCCUAAUAAUAUCCAUAAAAUUAUUGACAGCUUUUUACAGCUUUUGCCAAGCAGCUUAAGGUCUGCUACAGACUACCAAGAAAGUGGCUAUCAUCAGUACAUUGCAGAGGCCCAGAGGCAGUACGCGUCCAAUGUUCAAACCUGUGCGCCCUUUGGAUGGGGAACAGAGGGAGCUAUCCAAGAUGAGGAAAAUAUUCCCCUUAACAAAAGUUUCAAUGAAGGCCCAUUUUUCAAUAUGAUUUUUACUAGAUUAAGGGGGUUGGCUAAUCAGCCAUAUGAAAUGAACUUGCAGUUAACAGCACUUGUGUCUCGGUUGGCUAUGCUUCCACAUCCAAACUUGCAUGAAUAUUUACUAAAUCCUCUGCUUCCAAUGGUCCCUGGUACAACGACUCUGUAUUCUACUCUUCAAAUGGUUGCACGAGAUAUGCAAACAGCUAUAGCCUCUGUCCCAAACAGUAAAAAAAUGCUUGUGAGAACUCGUCAGGAGCUUUUGGGAGAUGUAUCGUACCACCGAGAGUUUCCAAGUGAGACUUGUUGUUUAUUUGAAAGUGUGGUAGUCCUCGAAGAAUUUUGUAAAGAAUUAGCUGCUAUCGCCUAUGUGAAAUACCAUCACUCUUCUUGAGUGCACGAUCCGCCCGCUGCGCCGUCUCCCAACUGCCCUGCUUGUGUGGAGAUAAUGAGGAUGCAGCAGCGGGUGGAGGCCAACAAGGAGGAGGGGGAAGAGGAGGAGGAGGAGGAGGAAGACGAAGAGGAACUGGAGACGGACCACUUGGAAGAAUGGCGGCCCGACAUUCCGCAAACACGGAACCGUGCUGAGCCUUUGCCCAUUCCCACUUUGCCUGUCAGUGCCGUGGGACCCCAUGGCACCGGCAUUCGGGGGCAGAUGUACAGGGCCUGCUGCAGUGCACACCACGACGCCUGUGUUUGCUCCUGACAUUUUAAAGUUACUGUUAACUCGUUUUUAGUUUUCUGUUUUCUUGUUGCUACGUGAAUAGCUUUGUUGGUUCAGACAUCCUGUAGACUGGCUAAUUUUAAUUUUGUUUUUUUGUUUUUUAAUUUAAUGGUCCAUUGUUUGAGAUGUUUUAUGGAUUGUUUUUCAAAUGCAAUUUUGACUGUACAAUGAGUGUGAUACUUAAGUAUACUUAAAGUGUUUGCUUAUCGGGUUGGUUGAAACUAGUGUCAAAACCAUGAUUAUUAUAUAGAAAAUGCACAUCCAUUCUCAGUUAUGAAUGUAACUUUAUGAAUCAUACUUAGUUAGGACUUGUUUGUUUGUCAUUGACCUUCUUACAUUAUACUUCCGAUAAACCUUUGCUGAUUAAUGGCAUUCCCUGUGAUUGUAUUGUUUUUUGUAGUGAAUAAUUGCAGCUACAGUCUUUUCAGUAUUGUGAUUUGAAUAACUAGUCAUUUUUAUGGGUGUGCUGUUGAGUGAGACCAUUGCUUCUAAUAAAAUAGUGAAGGACUAUUGUUACAAGUUA